AUUUUCAUUGCAAUGAAUAAAAUUGCUACACUGAAAUAAGCUGCCGAAUCCAGUAUGAAAAUUCUGCACAACUAAUCACAUUUACAUCAGCAGAGGGAUGUGUGCAUCUGGUGCUUGGUGUGGCUUUACAUGCACACUGUUUUUAUUUGUCAUCCCCCUGUUUUUUACUUGUCUUGGCUUCAGAACAAGCCAGGUUGUCUAAGAGGAGCAUUCGAAUAUAGAACCGUCAAUCUGUAAUCGCUUCCUUAGUUCAACUAGAUAAGAAGCAGGAAGGGCUGGUGAGAUAAGUUUCUGCAGACUUUAAAUCGUCUGUGACGUUGACAGGAAAUCAAUUUUAUCGAACGUCUUAAAAAAUGAUAGGUAGCUCUCAGUUAUGAUGUGGUGAAAAAGCCUCUAGUCUAUAGUUCAGUCCAUCUCGACUUUCGAUUCCGCAAGUACCAUCAAAAUGGAAACUCGAGUGAAAGUUUUUGGCAUUUUCGAUAUUCUUUUGGGAAUCACAAUGAUUAUUACCGAGUAUGCAACCAUCGUGAUGUAUGGACUACCAAUGGAUACAUCUGCUACGGGCUUAUGGGGAGGAAUGUUCGUAAUGACGACCGGAGUUGUCAUCAUCAAAAGGCACAAUGUAAUGGUCCUGGUGUUUUCCAUUUUAUCAACUAUGAGUGGGCUAAUCAUGAUUGGACUUUACAUCUGGUCUAUGACCCUGUACGGAAAAACAAUUUCUUCCGGCUACACUUGUGGUGAAACCUUCUAUAUGGGAUAUUCCAUUUGUAGCCGCAUAGCUCUGGACUCACUUUUCCUUAUCUAUGGCGCUGCUGCGGUCGGAAUGAAUACAAUUCUCAUUCACGAUGCUAAGUGGAUUGAACCCAAAAAUCGCAAUGAACUUGCAACACAGGAACAAUCCCCAGAGAUGUCCCUGUAGUAGUUACCAUUACGCCCAGCACGACCAACUGAUAAGAUAGAGAACAAUUAAUGAAAC